AAAAUUUCUAACCUGCUGCUUAUUCCCAAUCCCCAUACACACACACUUUCUAUAUAUACAUCCAGUCUGACCGGCCAAAGCUACAACACAUUUCCCAGUUUCACCGGCAAUCAUCAGUCAAAUUGCUUACUUAUAUAUAUAUAUAUAUAUAUAUAACAUACAUAUAGAUAUAUACGUAUAUAGACAUUUAAUUGAAAUGUUACUGUCUAACAACUGGAGCGGCUUUUGUUCUACUUAUUAUAAUAAAAAUCUACUAUUACAAUUUACAAAAUAUUCGACCAACAGAAUCGAUUUCGAAGAAUCUGCUAAUAAUAAUAAUUGUUUAGAUAUGAAGAGAAGAAGAAGAAGAAAAGGAACGGUCAAGCCUUGGUCAACGGCUGCGUCUCUUAGAGUUGGAACUGAUGUCAUCCUUGAAAUUUCUCAAAAUAAGGCACUAAUAGCAGCAACUGUAUGUGCUGCAAUUGGACAGUUGGCGAAACCGUUUGCUGCUUCCAUUUUGUAUCAAAAAGAAUUUGAUCCAAAAUCUGUGUUUCAGGCUGGAGGUUUCCCUUCAACACAUUCUUCUGCAGCUGUGGCUACUGCAAUGUCCGUUGGUUUAGAAAGGGGUUUCUCUGAUUCAGUUUUCGGUUUAGCAGUCGUCUUUGCUGCUAUCACUAUGUACGAUGCACAGGGUGUUAGAAGGGAAGUGGGAGUUCAUGCAAAAACAUUAAACAAAAUAUUAGCCACAAAUCAACCAAACAAAUGUUCCUCAUCUGAUACCAAUGGUUUGAUUAAUUCCUCAUCCAAAAAGUCACUGUCAAGUUCAGACUCUAACAACAUUCUCGAGUUGGAGGAAGCGGGUCCUCUUAGUUCAAUUCUUACGUCCGAUAAAAGAAUGAACUCAUCUUUCUUGACAGAUGACAUUGGAAAAGGAUCAGAGAGUAAUGUUCCUAUUUCUAGUCCGCUGAAAGAAUCAAUUGGUCACACUGAAGUUGAAGUCGCGGCAGGUGCCUUGCUGGGUUUACUAGCGAGUUUAGCAGUCUACUCUUUAUGAUACUUCUUCACACAUGUAUUUCUGGUACAUCUCAACUUUACUGAUGGAAGCAUUUAGAGUCGUAGUUAGCACUUAGCACUUAGCACUAUCAAUGAUGUUGUAUAUGGUGCUUAAUUGGAGCUAAAGUCAGCUUAAGACUUCAGCUCGGGUAUAGGUUAUGAUACUUCAAAUGCAUUGCUAAAAAAUUAAUGAUUGACAAUUCAGUUUUCAGAUAUGUUUCUGUUACUUCA